CUCCGACCCACGCUGCAACCUCAGUAGCACGCGGUCGAGCAUGUCGUCAGGCGACGAGUUCGACGACCACUACGCCACGCAGCGCCGGCGACAGGCGAGCGCUGCACCCGCCAAGGCAGCGGCCGCCACCGAGACCGCCGUCCCGUGGGUCGACGAUGCCGAGGCGCCGGCCUGCCACGUGUGCGAGACGCCCUUCUCGCUCGUGAAGCGCCGCCACCACUGCCGCACAUGCGGCAACGUCAUUUGCUCGUCGUGCUCGGUGUUUGUACCCACGGCGAAGAAGCCACAGCGCGUCUGCAUCACAUGCGUCGAAGGCGUCCAACCCCAAAGAAAGGCAGCCGCACCAUCCCAACUGCCAGCAGCGGCAAAGAAGGAGCCUCGUACUACGAACCGAGCCCAAGCAGACGUCGUCGCGCCAUCCACACGGCCACCGCCUCCGGUUCCGGAUGCACAUUCGUCGCACCGGUUGCAAGAGAGCAUCGAUAACUGGUUCCUCGAUGAGAACGAACCCGUGAGCCCGAUGGCAUCGAUGCCAGUGCCCGAGAAAGCGCGUCGCACCUCGGCUCCAUCCUCCAGCGCGUGGGCGUCGGUCGGCCCAGCGACGUCCAAGGCCAAGCCACAGAGCAAUCUUCGCUUCGCCGACGUUGUGUUUGACGACCGGCCGUUGUACGAUGACGACGUCGACGACUCGCGGUCGCUCUCUCGGUUCCCGCUGCCCAAGACCCAGCCGCAUUACGACAACCGGCAAGCCGAUCGCCACGUGCAUCGCGCAAGUGUGCCGUCUUUAGUCCAGCCCCCGUCGCCUUCGCCGCAGCGGUCGAGUGUUGCAGUCGUCGUACCACCGCGCGCCCACGAGCCAGCGCCAAGGGCCAUGGCCGCGCCAGCGCCCGUGAGCCCACCGUUGGCCCCAUCGACGGCGCCAGAGAAGAAAAAACAUGGGUUUCGAGCCACCAUGAAGCGGCUCUUUGGUGGCAAAGAGGCGUCCGAGGGUAGUGCGCCGCCGCCACUGACGACCGUACCACUGCCGUCGACACGGGCGUCAGUCUCGGUCUCAGUCUCGGUCUCGGCCGCCUCGAGCACAAGUACGUCGGAUGCUCUCAGUGCGAGCAAGGUGUCGUUGGACGCCUCCGAAAAGGUGUCAAGCCGCAGCAACGACGAAGCGUCGCAGUCGCACGCCUCGAGCGCGUAUGCCAAUCCCUCGAUGCUCUCAUUGCGUCCGUCGACGUCGUCGUCAUCACUUGUUUCGAAAGAAGCGUCGGCGCCGGUGACGCGUCCUCGUCGCGACACGUUCGAGGACAUGUUUGAAGGACCGCGGCACGUGCAGCCUCUCCGAGACCUCCAGACGCGCGCCUUUGAUAUUCCGUCGACCGAGAAGCCGACAACGCGUGAGACACGCCGGGGGACGUUGGAAGAUGUUGCGUUUGGGUCACCGCCGACAACGUCCGCCUCGUCCUUGUACGGCGCGUAUGCCUCGGUGCCAGGCGCGUCACGCUACGGACACGAUCGGUUUGCGCUGCCCGAGCGCUCCAACCGAUAUGCGCAUGCCGAGCCGCAAAGGACAACCGCGGUGGACUUUGAUUUGGACGAUGACGACGAUACGAAGCGGCACCAAGCCGAGUUUGACCCGGUCUCGGGCACGUACAUUGUGCCACAAAAGGCGCUGGUCGUGCGGCAGCCAACAUCUGAGGUGUCGCGCCAGCCCACGGCGGUGGGAGGACCGGCCAUGUCCGAGACGACGGGUAUCGCCAUUGUCAACAAGCUCUCGUCGCUCGAGCACGAGCUGGCCGAGCUCAAGAGCUUGCUUGCCGCGCGCAAGUCGCACCGCCGGUCGAACGCCGCCAGCAUCUUUGAGCAAGAGAGUGAAAGCGAUCCUGAUGCGGCGGUGUCACCACCUAUUGUCAAGAAGAAGAAGUCGAAACGAGAGCCCCGAGCGCCGCGGAAGGACUCGUUUGGGGACCUCUUUGAGGACGACGAGGCUUCUGGCAAGCAGCAGUACGAGUCGCUCUUUGCCAUCCAAGGACGCCGCGACCUUAAAGAAGACAAGGACAACGAGGACGAUGACGAGGAAGGCGACGCCCCUGUCUCGCGCUGGCCUGGGCGCCACAAGCCCCGACGAGGCCGGUCGCCCGUGCCCCAAGUGGCUACGAAGAAGGCAUCGAACCGGCGGUUCACGAUGGACGACAGUGACUCGGCUUCGUCCCCGCCGCGCAAGCCAAAGCGCAAGGACUCGUUUGACGGUCUCUUCACAGAGGCGUCGCCGUACAAGGAGGAACUCUUCGGUGACAACGUCGCGUCAAGCGAUGACGACGAGCGCGUCGAAAAUCGCACCACAAGCAAGCGACUGCAGCAUAUUUACGGCUCGGACGGCGACGUGCCGAUGGCGACGGAGGACGACGCGGCGCUGCCGAGUCUCAAGCGCAAAAUCAAAGCGCCCGCAACGGCGCUGAUCGAGGCGAAGGCUUCGACGCCCGUGCAGCCAGCUCAAGUUACCAAGCCUGUCGCCAAGCCCCGCAUGCGCAAGGACUCGAUCGACAACCUCUUCCAGGACGACGCUCGAAAGUUCGAUCAGCUCUUUGUGGACAAGCCGCGACCGGGGACGGUGACCAAGAACCUCUUUGACGGCUCAAGUGACGAGGAUGACGUGGCAGCACCGCUGGCUGCGCCACAACCGCUGACAUUUGAUUCUAUUCCAAGCAACGUAGACAACGACGACGAUGAAGACGACCUUCCGAGUUUGCGGGCGGCAAAACGCCCUGCCCCAACGCCAACUUUGGCACCUGCCGUCGCAGUCGCUGAAAGCCACUUCUCGGACGAAGAGGAGUUGCCGAGCUUGCGGUCGCGUCCGUCGACAGUACCCGCUUCAACGACGUUGCCCGAUCCCGCACCGGUUCCGUUACUUGACCUGGCGGCGCAGACCCAACGCCUGACAGAUGGAUCGCUCCCGAUUACAAGUGACGUGACUUUGGGUAUGCUCGACAUGGUGACAGAUCUUGAGACCGUGCAGAUCGCGCCUUUGGUCGUCGAGGCAGUACCUGCAGUCGUCGAGGCAGCACCUGCGGUCGUCGAGGCAGCACCAACGGUAGCCGAGUUCUCGCUGCCGCCGAGCCAGGCAUCAGGAUUCGUCAUUGAUCUCGACGAGGAGUUUGACGACGGCCUCUUUGGUGCCGCUACAGUUCGUGUCGCAGCUCCAUUGACGACAACGUCCGCUCAAGAGUCGGCAGAGUCGGCAGCCGCAUUAGCAUCGACAGCAACGAACGCCGCUUCGAUGUGGCUCUUCGACGAGGACAGCGGGCGUAGCUCCACGAGCUCCUUCGCUCCUGUCGUCGCAACCGGCAAACCGCAAGACGAACCCUCUGUGUCUCUCUUUGACGAAGCGUCGUACGUGCGGAUCGAGGCGGCUGACGUGCACAGCUCGCCCGAGAUGGUCGGCGUCGCAACCGACGCUGCUGUACCGCCGCUCGAGAGCAACUUUGAGUCGUUCUUUUCGUCGCCCGAGCCGCCGUCGAGUGUCGUUGACAUUAGCAUGGACGAUGACGCGGCGGCCGUCGACGGUGACGACGACCCGACGCCCGACGCCGACGCCUUCAGCUUUGAGCGCAAACCCACCAAGAAGCGGGCGACUGCCGUUGCGCCGGUUCUCGUGCACCGGCCGUCCAAGCCUUUUGGCGUCGACGAGGACAACGACGGCGGGAUCCUCCUCGGACAAGACGCUACGCCACCCACGAAUGCUGUUCCUCUGGAGCCGGACGACGUCGACGUGCUGGCCAAGGUCGACAACGCCGAGUUCGAUGCGUCAUGGCAGGCGAUGCAGCAAGACGAGAAGGCGCGCAAACAAAACGUUCUCAAGCGUCAGCGCCAGCUCCAAAAGCAAAAGCUCAAGGACGCCGCCGAGAAGAAGGCCGCCGAGAAGGAGAAGAAGCCCAAGGCCUCCAAGAAGAAGCACGAUCGGAGUACGACUAAAUAAUAGAUAUAUCUACCUAGCGACUA